GUGCCCGCGUGGAGGCCGCUGUGCUGCCCCUCGCAGCCUCCGAGCUGGGGACCUGCGCACCCCGGGACUUGAACCCUGCCUGACCGAGCGCCGCGCGCCCGCGCGCCCAAGAGCGGGUUGCCAUGGUGAAGGAGAAAGUGGCCCACCCUCAGGACCCCCAACACCCCACCGAGAAGCCCAUCAUUCAUUGCCACAAAUGCGGGGACCCCUGCAAGGGGGAAGUGCUCCGGGUCCAGACCAAGCAUUUCCACAUCAAAUGCUUCACCUGCAAAGUGUGCGGCUGUGACCUGGCCCAAGGGGGCUUCUUCAUCAAGAACGGGGAGUAUCUCUGCACCCUGGACUACCAGAGGAUGUACGGGACACGCUGCCAUGGCUGUGGGGAGUUUGUGGAAGGAGAGGUGGUGACAGCCCUGGGCAAAACCUACCACCCCAACUGCUUUGCCUGCACCAUCUGCAAGCGCCCCUUUCCCCCUGGAGACCGAGUCACCUUCAAUGGGAGAGACUGCCUUUGCCAGCUCUGCGCGCAGCCCAUGUCUUCCGGCCCCAAGGAAGCCGCCUGCUCCGGUAACUGUGCUGGCUGCGGCAGAGACAUCAAGAAUGGGCAGGCCCUACUGGCACUGGAGAAGCAGUGGCACUUGGGAUGCUUCAAAUGCAAGUCGUGUGGAAAGGUGCUCACUGGGGAGUACAUUAGCAAGGAUGGCGCCCCAUACUGUGAGAAGGACUACCAGGCGCUCUUCGGGGUGAAGUGCGAGGCCUGCCACCAGUUCAUUACGGGAAAGGUCCUAGAGGCCGGUGAUAAACAUUACCAUCCCAGCUGUGCACGAUGCAGCAGAUGCAACCAGAUGUUCACAGAAGGAGAGGAAAUGUAUCUUCAAGGUUCUACCGUUUGGCAUCCCGACUGUAAGCAGUCCACCAAGACGGAGGAGAAACUGCGGCCCACCAGAACUUCCUCAGAAAGCAUUUACUCCAGGCCAGGCUCCAGCAUCCCCGGCUCCCCAGGCCACACCAUCUACGCAAGAGUGGACAACGAGAUCCUGGACUACAAGGACUUAGCGGCUAUUCCCAAGGUCAAGGCAAUUUAUGAUAUUGAACGUCCAGAUCUCAUUACCUAUGAGCCUUUCUACACGUCAGGCUAUGAGGACAAACAGGAGCGGCAGAGCCUGGGAGAGUCUCCCAGGACCUUGUCCCCUACACCAUCAGCAGAAGGGUACCAGGAUGUCCGGGAUCGGAUGAUGCACCGGUCCACAAGCCAGGGCUCCAUCAACUCCCCAGUGUACAGCCGUCACAGUUACACUCCAACAACCUCACGCUCACCCCAGCAUUUCCACAGACCUGGCAAUGAGCCAUCCAGCGGCCGGAACUCCCCUCUCCCUUACCGGCCAGACAGCCGCCCUCUCACUCCAACUUACGCUCAGGCCCCUAAACAUUUCCAUGUUCCAGAUGAAGGGGUCAACAUUUACCGAAAACCACCCAUCUACAAGCAGCAUGAUGCAGCUGCCCUGGCAGCACAGAGCAAGUCUUCAGAAGACAUCAUCAAGUUUUCCAAGUUCCCAGCAGCGCAGGCUCCAGACCCCAACGAGAUACCAAAGAUUGAAACAGAUCACUGGCCCGGCCCUCCGUCUCUGGCUGCCGUAGGAUCUGACAUGAGACGAAGGUCGAGUGGCAGGGAGGAAGAUGAGGAGGAACUUCUGAGACGCAGGCAGCUUCAAGAAGAGCAACUAAUGAAGCUCAACUCUGGCCUGGGGCAGUUGAUUCUGAAGGAAGAGAUGGAGAAGGAGAACCGGGAAAGGGCGUCUCUCCUAGCCAGUCGCUACGAUUCUCCCAUCAACUCAGCUUCACCUGCUCUAUCAUCGAAGACCUCAUCUCUCCCAGGCUAUGGGAAGAACGGGCUUCACCGGCCUGUUUCCACCGACUUUGCUCAGUACAACAGCUUCAGGGACGUCAGUGGGGGAGUUCGAGACUACCAGACACUCCCGGAUGGCCACAUGCCUGCAAUGAGAAUGGACCGAGGCGUUUCUAUGCCCAACAUGUUGGAACCAAAGAUAUUUCCAUAUGAAAUGCUCAUGGUGACCAACAGAGGGCGCAACAAAAUCCUAAGAGAGGUGGACAGAACCAGACUGGAGCGUCAUUUAGCCCCCGAAGUUUUCCGGGAGAUCUUCGGGAUGUCCAUUCAGGAAUUCGACAAGUUACCUCUCUGGAGACGCAACGACAUGAAAAAAAGAGCGAAACUCUUCUAAGUCCCGCCCCUAGGCGGCCACAGGAAAAAGAACAGGAGGAUGCAGUGAGGCAUGAAGUGAA